CGUGUUUAUGAGAACAAGCCUAUUAUUUUCUCUAUGCCACAGACGCCAAAUGUCGCCAUCGAUCAAUGACAUUUUGUGAAGUUGAAUUUAUUGAUAUAAAGCGUUAAUGUAAAUAAUAAACAAUUUCAUCAUAAAAGUCGGCUUCCAGUCGAUAUGUAUGCCAAGGGCAAAGGCUCUACGGUGCCUUCGGACGCUCAGGCUCGUGAAAAGUUGGCGCUGUAUGUGUACGAGUAUCUACUUCAUGUCGGCGCUACGAAAGCCGCACAGACUUUCCUCUCAGAGAUUCGAUGGGAGAAGAAUAUAACGCUCGGUGAGCCGCCCGGGUUCCUGCACUCCUGGUGGUGCGUUUUCUGGGACCUGUACUGCGCGGCGCCAGAGAGACGGGAUACAUGUGAACAUUCCUCGGAAGCAAAAGCAUUUCAUGACUAUGGUUUCGUUAACUCGGGCUAUGGUGUCAACGGUAUUGGUCACAAUGCAGGCCCCGCGCCUCCAAACGAUGGCAUGGGUGGCGGCGGUAUGCCUCCAGGUUUCUUCCCCAACUCGCCACUACGGCCGUCUCCCCCGGCGCCCCAUCCGGGCUCGCAGCCGUCACCGCACGGGCCACAGCCCCAGCUGAUGGGAACAGGGCAGCCGUUCAUAGGCCCGUGGUACUCCGGAGGCGGCCCCAGAGGUGCAGUUAGGAUGGGCAUGGGGAACGACUUCAAUGGGCCACCAGGGCAAGGCAUGAUGGGCAACUCGAUGGAGCGCGGCGUGGGCGGGGCGGGGUCGGCGGGCGGGCUGCUGGGCGGGCCGCGCAUACAGCCGCCCCGGCCCGGCAUCGGGCCCAUGAGCCCCGGACAGUACGUGCGCGGCCCGCCGCCCCAGGCACCAGGUGAGUGCAUGACGGGCGGCUCGAUGGAGCGCGGCGUGGGCGGGGCGGGGUCGGCGGGCGGGCUGCUGGGCGGGCCGCGCAUACAGCCGCCCCGGCCCGGCAUCGGGCCCAUGAGCCCCGGACAGUACGUGCGCGGCCCGCCGCCCCAGGCACCAGGUGAGUGCAUGACGGGCGGCUCGAUGGAGCGCGGCGUGGGCGGGGCGGGGUCGGCGGGCGGGCUGCUGGGCGGGCCGCGCAUACAGCCGCCCCGGCCCGGCAUCGGGCCCAUGAGCCCCGGACAGUACGUGCGCGGCCCGCCGCCCCAGGCACCAGGUGAGUGCAUGACGGGCGGCUCGAUGGAGCGCGGCGUGGGCGGGGCGGGGUCGGCGGGCGGGCUGCUGGGCGGGCCGCGCAUACAGCCGCCCCGGCCCGGCAUCGGGCCCAUGAGCCCCGGACAGUACGUGCGCGGCCCGCCGCCCCAGGCACCAGGUGAGUGCAUGACGGGCGGCUCGAUGGAGCGCGGCGUGGGCGGGGCGGGGUCGGCGGGCGGGCUGCUGGGCGGGCCGCGCAUACAGCCGCCCCGGCCCGGCAUCGGGCCCAUGAGCCCCGGACAGUACGUGCGCGGCCCGCCGCCCCAGGCACCAGGUGAGUGCAUGACGGGCGGCUCGAUGGAGCGCGGCGUGGGCGGGGCGGGGUCGGCGGGCGGGCUGCUGGGCGGGCCGCGCAUACAGCCGCCCCGGCCCGGCAUCGGGCCCAUGAGCCCCGGACAGUACGUGCGCGGCCCGCCGCCCCAGGCACCAGGUGAGUGCAUGACGGGCGGCUCGAUGGAGCGCGGCGUGGGCGGGGCGGGGUCGGCGGGCGGGCUGCUGGGCGGGCCGCGCAUACAGCCGCCCCGGCCCGGCAUCGGGCCCAUGAGCCCCGGACAGUACGUGCGCGGCCCGCCGCCCCAGGCACCAGGUGAGUGCAUGACGGGCGGCUCGAUGGAGCGCGGCGUGGGCGGGGCGGGGUCGGCGGGCGGGCUGCUGGGCGGGCCGCGCAUACAGCCGCCCCGGCCCGGCAUCGGGCCCAUGAGCCCCGGACAGUACGUGCGCGGCCCGCCGCCCCAGGCACCAGGUGAGUGCAUGACGGGCGGCUCGAUGGAGCGCGGCGUGGGCGGGGCGGGGUCGGCGGGCGGGCUGCUGGGCGGGCCGCGCAUACAGCCGCCCCGGCCCGGCAUCGGGCCCAUGAGCCCCGGACAGUACGUGCGCGGCCCGCCGCCCCAGGCACCAGGUAUGCCACCGAUGGGCAUGGGGCCGCGGGGCGCUUGGGCGGGCGGCAGCGGCGGGGGCUCGGCGCCGCUCAACUACAGCGGGGGCUCCCCCGGCGCCUACGGAGCCCCGCCCGGCAGCAACGGGCCCCCGGGACCGCCCACGCCGAUCAUGCCCAGCCCCCAAGACUCCUCCAAUUCGGGCUUAGGGGGCGUAGAUGGUAUGAAAUCGUCGCCAGGUGGCGUCGGAGGCGGCGGCCCGGGCACUCCCAGGGAGGAUUCAGGGUCGGGCAUGGGGGACUACAACAGCUUAAGUUUCGGCGGCCCAGGCGGAGACCAAAACGACCAGACCGAGUCUGCCGCCAUAUUGAAAAUCAAAGAGAGCAUGCAAGAAGAGGCGAAACGGUUCGAGAAAGAUCCAGACCACCCGGACUACUUUAUGCAGUGAAUCGUCCAACCAAAUGCCGUCAACUUGCCAAAAGAUGUACCGUUUUUUUCGGUAUCGAAAACUCGUUUUGGUACCACAUAUAUUGUAUUCUGUUUUGGUAUCGAAAAAAAAACGGUAUCGGUAUAUACAUACCUGUGUAUCGAUUCCGUUUCAAAAUUAUUUAUCAAGAAUAGUAUUUUGCUGAUCUCAUCAAAAGUGGAUUUUUGGCUGGUUGGCGACACGCUUCGGUUAUUUUCCAACGAUCUGAAGAGGAUAUUUAAACUUUUUUUUUUUAAUUAAAUGGAGUACAUUUCUUUUCUUUUUUCGCACGUUAUUUAUUGUUUAGAGAGACACUAUAGUUUUCGCGUAUUCUUCCUCUUUAUCGGCGCGUUGAAAACUAUUUAGACGGUUAUAUAUUCUAAAAAAAAACACAAAUAUAGUUUAUCACACUAAAGUGUUUAACACUUUGCUUCUCAACGAUAUUUAAGUUAAGACUACUUAACCAACCUCUUUAAGCAAUAUAUAUUUUGUAAAUAGCCGUCGUAAUAGUCUUUAACAUGGCCUCUGCACAUAGUAGCGAUUUGAAAUAGAAAAAAAAACUUAAUUAGUGAUAUUCUAUGUAUUAUCUAUGAUAUUUAGUUAUAUAGGUUUUUUAUAUCGAAUAAAGAUAUGUAUCUAUUGACUUACAUAGUUUUGAUUAAUUUGAUGGUGAUAUUCUUUGACUUUAUGACAUUGAAUGGCUAUCAUGGCUAGCUUUCUUUAUUUGAGCUAUAGCAUAGUGUUUUAGCUUAGAAGUAACUUAUAAAUAAACUUAUAUACAAGUACAAAGAUAAGUCAGUUAGGGUUUUUCUACCUGCUAACUUAAUUUUAUAUUAUAACUGAAUUGAUUGUUAACGUACAUAUUUAUUUAAAUUUAAUAAAAUUGAAUCAAAUGGGACACUGAUAUUAAAAACUUAACAUAAGUGAACUGAUCAGAAGUUUCUGAAGACGCAAAACACUUGACAACAAUUUAAUUUAACAAUUUAUUUAUUUCAUAAAACGUACAUUGAAUAAAUUGCAUAUCAAUGGAGUCGUUGUUGAUUUUGACUAAUUACUAAAAUUGUAACGGAUCGCAAAAAGCGCAGGUUUGCAUUUUCUUAUAUUUGCAUAAAUUUAUAUUUGUAUAAUUUAUUUUAUUGUAUUUGUUUGUUUAUAUUUAUAUAUAGAUAACAAAGGAUGAUUGCAUCCAAUGAAAGCGCAAUUGCUAUAGUUCAAAUACUAUAUUAUAAUUUUUUUUAUAAGAAUACGCACCGAGUUUUGGCGUCUUAUGUGCGUUGAAUAGGUUUAAUUUAUCAACAAAUAAAUGAUAAAUGAUAUCUUCCGUAUAUUUUUUUCGUUAAAUAAAUUAUUUAGCGUAACGUUUUGUUUUAAGCUCUUAAUGUUCCUAGAUUAUAUGUAUUUUUUUAAUUAUAUAAUUUCUUAAGCGAUUAACAUGAAUUCGGUGCGUUUGCUGCGAUCUAGUUAGACAAAUGGUUGGAAAAACAAUGCAAAAUGUAUUGAAUAUGAACAUUUUAAAGAUUUUUGAUGCAGUUUUCUCUAAAGGUUUAUAUUUUCAGGCGUCACCUGAUUAAAAAGGAUUUCAAUUAUAUAACACAUUCUACGCAAGAGUAGGUCAAUACUACUAGAUAUUUACGCUUUGGUCUAUUGGAUUACACUUUCUCUCAUGAAGAUGCUUUGUGAGGAGGCAUAACACAUACUUAGUUUUUGGUGGUGGCGGUGCAUCAUAUAACUUGUAAGAACAGUCGCAUUUCGUUACAGCUUUAUAUUUCAUUAUUUCUUAUAACCAAACAUCUCAACCACAAUCUUUUUUAUAUCUAAAGAGGAGAAGAUUUUCUCAAGUUAUUGGAUAUACAAUUUUCUUAUAAUAUCUAAUAAUAAUCGAUUUUGAAUAUCCAUAUUAACAUUUGAGAUUUUCUGCGAAUAGGUUGACCGUGCGUUUAAUUCUUGUUCUUAGUGAAAAUUAUACAUGUGCAAUAUAACUAUUCUAGGUGUAAUGUAGUGUAUUUCAGUCAACUUGUUACAUAAAUACAAACUAUUUGACGUGAAUAAAGCUUCAAUUUGUGCCCUUUUUAAUGGAACUGAAUGACAUACACGAAUUUGUUUGCCUGAAAAAUAGACUUGUGCGGUAAUUAGUUUAAUUAAUAAUUAUCCAUUGUACACGUAAUGAUUUAUCACAUGUUUAUCACACAGAUGUACAGAUAUUAUAUUCCUUCAUAACUGUCAUAUUUAAAUAUUUUUACUGCGGUGCAUCGAAAAAUUCUAUUGUGUUUCUCAAAUUAAAAGGCGCAAACAGGGAAUCGUACACCGCACUGUUUCGAUAGUUUCGCAAAAUGAAAUCUUUACUUUAAGCGUUGCUAAGGAAUGUAUCAUUAAAUGCUAUUGAGUACAUUUAGUACUUCAAGAACUUAAAAGAAUAUUUUCUUAACAAAAUAUUCAUGGUUACGAAACCAACGAAACGUGAUGGAGAAUAAACAUACUUAUCAAAUAGUUUUUAUUCCAUAUUAAGUUGUUUGUAUUGCAAAGUACAUUAUGUCUAGAGUAUGAGUCGAUAGAGAGACGAUAAGGAGGAUAUUGUUAUAACAUUAUGUAUAACAAUUUAUAUAACCAGUGUAAAAUCAACUAUUCAUCUGACUAAGAUCGCAGUUUCGUUUAAACAAAAAUAACACAACACGUUACCGAAUUUAAAGAAAAAAAAAAUUAACAGAUGCAAUUGUAAGUAUUUCUCGUCGUGUCGGCGCACGCAUUUAUACAUGUUUUAUAAAUUAAAGGAUUUCAACUGUAUUUUUCACGUGAGAUGAUAACAAUUAAUUGUUUUUUGAUGUAAAACGAAGCUCGCAACUCAAAAAUGCAUUCUCAAUAUAAACAUAACCACAUGAACUAUACCCAUAAAUUAUUGUUUUUAUUUGUUCCAUGAUGAAAUUUUGAAUACGUAUUUGAGUUGACGAGCUUCGGCGUAAGCUAAAAUUUAUGGAAAUUUUAUACCAUGGAAUAGUGAUAUGUUGUAGUUUUCUUUUAAUUUCUGAUAACUUCAUUGAUGUAGCAUAGGAUUAUAUUUUUCUUGGGGUGUAUGGAAAUCUGUAUAAAUUAGAAUAUUUCAUAGAGAGAUUUUUGGAGAGGUAGCUUCUAAGUUUCGGAGAGUUCGCUCUGUCCAUAGUUCUGCGCAAAUUUGGGUUCUUUUAGUGAUACCACAAAAUGAUACCUCAAAAAAAAAACGGUACCUAUACCGAUACCGAUUUUGAAUCUCGACUGAAAACGUUAUUCGUUUCAUACAAAAUUAAAAAUGAAAUAAAGAACCACAACUUGUAAAUAGCAUCAAUUUUGGUGUAACUUUGGUGUGAUUAGUUUUUUUGAUAAAAGUUUUUGUGUCAAAAUUUAUUGGAAUAAUAAUUAAAAGAAAAAAAAAAUGAUAUAAGUAUAAUGUAUCAAUUUUUAGCAAAAAUUUACACUAAACGGACCCAAACAUUGUAAAUUAAAAAAUACAGCGUUGAAUAAAAUAUUAGUUUUUAAGUGAAUUUAGUGUAAAACUGGAUAUAAAAAGAUGAAAAAUAGAAAUUUGACAAAACGAGUUGGUAACCUGCAACUUUUUUUUAUAUGUAUAAAUUAAUGAAAUAUUUAAUAAAAUAAUUUGAUUGGUCUUUUAAAAUAUUUAUAUAUUUUAAUUUCAACAUUAUUAAAAAUAUACGUGUAGCGUGAGGUUGUAUGUUGUUUUUAAGGUAUAUUAUUAUUAUUAAUUAUUAUUUUUCCUUCAUUUUGUGAAUUAGGUAAAUCAAUUAUUUUUUUUCUUGUCGAUGUAAUGUUUAUAUAAUUACAUAAAUAGUUAUUAUAUAUUAAAAAU